CCCACUAUCAGUACUCACUACUACUCAUAACACUCAACAAAUAUUUUACUCAAACUAAUAAGCAAUUCAAAUCCAUUCAAACAAUCACCUUUGCUGAAAACAAUGCUGUACUCCGCAAUGAAGGAGAUUGAAAUUUGUGUGCGGCAGGGCAGUAGGGUUUUGAGGCCUCAAUGUAGCAUGGUGUAUGGCCUAUUUCGGCUCUUUCAGUUCGAUCUGCUAGUGGGAGCUCUAAUGUAGCACUGUAAUUAUCAGCCUGCUUUUUUUUGAAAGAAUUUGGUCAAGCGUAGAGUUUUAUCGGAGGAAAAAUGGUUCUGAUCGAUUCUUCUGCUCGUUUGUAAGGAUUUUGUGAUUAAUGUCGAAAAUGUGGCCAGAGUUGGGGUGAAAAGAGAUCGGAUAAAAGGUUCUUUUGUGCUUUGAAGUUUUCUGCUUUGCGUGUUGGUUGCUUACGGAGUAGAAACAAUGAAGGCAGACACGCGGCUCGAUUAUGCUGUUUUUCAGCUAUCGCCGAAGCGUAGCAGAUGCGAGCUGUUUGCUUCAGCAGGAGGUGUAACAGAGAAACUCGCAUCGGGUCUUCUAAAGCCUUUUCUUACACAUUUAAGGACGGCACAAGAGCAGGCUGUGCGAGGUGAAGGGCGUUUGAUCAAACUAGAAGCUUGUUCAGAUAAUCAUCAGAAUGUUGCUUCCUGGUUCACCAAAGGCACUUUAGAGAGGUUUGUUCGCUUUGUCAGCACUCCAGAAGUUCUGGAGCACGUUUACACAGUUGAUGCAGAGUGGUCGCAAUUGGAUCAGGCCAGAAAAUUUCAGCUUGCUGUGUAUUCACAGGGAGGCAGUGAUCAAGUUUCUAAUACGGGUUUAAUAAGAGAUAUCAGCAGGCAAGGAGAAAUCUUAAAGUCAAGGAGUGGAAGAGAAGCGACUGACGCUUCAAACAGGAGGGAACUUCUACGAGCAAUAGAUGCGAGACUCAUGGCAUUAGAGCAAGAAUUAAGGAUGGCUUUUGCUCGUGCUGCUGCUGCUGGUUUUGAGAUUGAACAAAUGGGCAAUCUCAUGUUAUUUGCAGAGAGAUUCGGUGCAACUCGUAUGAGGGAUGCUUGUGCCAAGUUUUUGGCAUUAUGUCAGAAAUGGCAAGAAAUUUACUCCACAGUCAAUGAGUCAAAUGCCAUCUUUCCAAGUUCUGGUGUAUCGAGAAAUAGAUUACAUGGCAACUUAAUACCAUUUCUCUUCCCAAAAAUCAACAAAGAACCUGAUGCUCAAGGGGAAUUUAGAGACAUGGUAGGAAGAGAUGAGGAUUUGGAUUCUGUAGACAGUGGUAUUACAUCCCAAAAAUCUUCAGAUUUGAAUCAAACACAUUUUGCAGAAGCAGCAAAUUACAGGUCAUUGGAAUCUGCUGUUUCAGUUUCAGACACAAAGCAAAUUGGAAAAUUAUUGAAAGAGAAUCAAGUUUCUAUCGCCCCUGUAAAUUCACAGAAGGAUCAAUCUACAUUAAAGGUCUUUGGUUGUAAUCAAGAAGGAAGUAAUUCUUCUUUCCAUAUUGGGGUUACUAACUUGAAUUCCAACCAUAGCAGUGCUUCAGAAAACUCAUCAGUUACUGACAAUUCCCUUGUAAAGCCUGAUGUGUAUUCUAGAUUUGGCAAUCGCACUGCUGAUGCAAGUUCUGAGUCCAUAAAUAUAGCUUCCAUUGAAUUUGAACAGCUUGGCUCAGACAUAGCUAAUCAAUCUUAUGCCGAAAAAGAUAGGCAUUCGGUUAGGUCUCCUCAUAGAAGACGGUCAUCUUCUCCAGUGAGACAAGUUCAGAAUGAGAGAGUAGGAUCACGCCGAUCUAAUUCUGUAGUGAUCAAGAGCAUAAACUACUUUCAGGAUACAGUUACAGGUUCAAAUAAGGAAUUGAGUAGUGAUAGUGAUGAUGCUCAGAGUAAUUGUGGUAGCAGUAAUGUAUCAGAGCCUACUCAAAAGCCCGAGUCUAUCAAAAGACUUAGUGUCCAAGAUGCCAUACAUCUUUUUGAAAGAAAGCAAAAGGAGGUCAGGGGAUCUGAAAAUGAGGGUAUGAGAAAAAUUGGAAAGAUAGAAAGCCAAAGGAUUAUGUUAUCUGAGAGUUGCAAUUCUAACACAGCUGAAAAAGGGGUCUUGAGAAGAUGGAGUGGGGUGAGUGAUAUAAGUAUGGACGAUCUGGCACUGCAGCAAGUGAAAAAUGAAAAUCAAUUUCAAAAUCAAAAUGUGCCACUGUCCAGAAUCAAGUCAUACUCACAAACCUCAUUAUCUGAUCACGCAAGGCAGUUGUCAGGUGAUAUAAUUGAGACUCAAAAUAUGGUUGAAGAGUCUCCUCAGAGUGAACUUAGACCACAAGCUAACAAUGACCAAGGUGUAAAAAGGAGAAAAGAUACAGGUUCAUCUUACCUUGUUCAUCAAAAUGAUAAAAAUUAUUGCCCAUCUCAUAGCUCAUCACCCAACAAACAAACCUUGAAUACAGACCAAGAUAUGAUGCCAACAGCUGUGGAAAUGAAUAAUGCAAAUGCACACACAAAAGAGGUAAUGCAAACACCUUUCCAAGUGACUGCUUGUUCUGUGAGGAAGGGAUCAGAAACUGCUAAUGGUUUGUCACAUAUAAGAAGUAAGUCUAGUGGAUGUGAAGCCAUGUCAUUGAUGCACCUCAAAGAUACUAAGGCAAAGGGCAAUCGGGAUUGGAAAGAGGAACUUGGAGAGAAAGCUGAUGAGUUGGAGGCCUUAUUUGCUGCACACAAACUCAGGAGCCAGUCACAAAGAGCUAGCAGCCAAGAUAAGCUGCGCAUGAUUUCCAAGGAAACAAGUGUAGGAGUUGAAUCUAACAAUCACUUCACAAAGGAUAUGCAGAAUACUGGGAGGGAAUCACUCGGUAGCUCAUGCAACAAUGAAGUGGAUUCUGAAGCACAAGUCCUAUUUAAUAUGGCCGAUAGCAAUCAUGGCAACCACCAUAGUCAACGGGAAUUGUUGGGGUUUGCUAAUGACGAUGCUAGAGGCAAACUCUAUUCUCAUUACAAGGAGAAACGGGAUGCAAAGUUGAGGGAUGAGAAAACAACAAAACAGGCAGAGAAAGAAGCUCAACUAAAAGCUAUGCACAUAGUCUUAGAAAAAACAAAAGCUGAAAUGGAAGUAAGGAAUGCAGCCAAAAAAGAUCCUUCAGUUCAAGAUGGGAAGAAAACAUUCAGUACUCUAGAUGAUAUUCCAAAGGACCUGCCAAAGCCAAGCGGAACAAAGAAACACCCUUCAAAAAUUACAUCAGUGAGCAGUUGCUUGUCCUUGGAAUCAUCACCAAGGACAUCUUUAUCAGCCAAAAUUCAAAAUUCCAGUAAUAUUUCUUCAGGACGACGCAGGAGCCUGCAUGAAAAUCCUUUGCUUCAAUCAGUUCCCAGCUUUACUGAUAUAAGGAAAGAGAAUACAAAGCCUUCACAUGGACAUGGAAGAAUCAAUUCCAAUUCAUUAGUUCAAGGAAAAGGAUCCAUGUCUCGUGUAGAGCUCAAAAGCAACAGCAAAAGUUUUGGUAGUCGAGAACACUCUCAUAUUGAACACAUUGGAUCUGGUUCUGUUUCACAGUCAUCUAGCAAUAAGGAAGAGAAGAAACACCGAAGUCAAGCAGCAGCAAGAAAAAGUAUUUCUGGUCCUAUUACUGGAGGGGUGAGUGGGAAAGUACCUAAAGCAGCAGCAUGUGAACCAAGCUUCUACAGCAAAGCGACUAAAAGAGUAACUGCUGCACCCUUGGACUCUAAACCUUUUCUCCGCAAAGGCAGAGGAAUAGGUCCAGGGACUGGAUCGGAAGUUGCCAAGCCGAAACGGGUUUCUGCAGCCAUUGAUGACAUGAAGAAUGCAAGUGGAGGUCAAAGUGAUAAUCCAAAUGGAGAAGAAUCAGUGGACGAAUUGGGUGACAUUUUAAAAUCAUCAAAUACUUGCAAACUAACUGAAGCAGAAGCAGAUGAAGAGAAAGAAAAUGAAGUUGUCAAGAGCACAAGUGAUGAUGCUGAAACAGCAGACAAUCAGGGUGAUUCAGACAUAAUACAAUUUAACAUGCAAGCUGAUGAUGUAAGUGCUUGUAUCUCUCCUUCUGAGAUGUCAUGUUCUCCCACAUAUUCCAAUUAUUCAUUUCCUGAAAAAUUUGAAAAAAUGACUCUCUGCUCAGAAGCUUCACUUACAGCUGCUUCAAUAUCAUGCCGCACCACAUCUCUGCCACGUGAACAGACAGCAACUUCAUUCUCACCCAUAUCAAAGCCACCAAGUUUGCACAGAUCUACUGCAUCAGAUCAUAUUAGUUCGUUGGGAUUUGCGACAAUGACAGGAGACUCUCCGCAUGGAAGUCCUGUAUGGAUCUCACACAUGCAACAGCCCCCUCAGUUGUCGGGGACCUCUGAUAUGGAAACAGUUCGAACUCGUAAGAAAUGGGGAAAAGCACAGAAGAUCGUUCUUGCUACUGCUCCUCAGCAGCCUCACCACAAAGAUGCUCCAAAGGGGCUGAAGAGGCUUCUGAAAUUCGGUAGGAAAAAUAGCGGUUAUGAAGGUGGUGAUGAUACAGAAGAAACAAAGGACCUGGCUAGCAGAUCUGGAGAUGAUCUUCUUAGACGAACUGGGAUACAAGCUAAGGCCCAUUUACCAGGGCAAAUCUCAUUUGAUUUUGCUAGUUUAAAUGGACAUGAAGAGAUUGGCAGUUUCCCAGAGCAAAGCCUAACACGAUCAAUUGAAAGUUCCAUUCCAGUUCCUUCGGGGAACUUUAAAUCACGUGAAGAUCACUUAUCUGGAACCAACACGUUAAAAGCACCUCGUUCUUUCUUUUCACUUUCAUCAUUCAGAAGCAAAGCAAGUGACUCCAAGCCAAAGUGAUGAUCCUCAGUUUGCUACAGCAGUUCUCUGAUAGAUAAAAGUCACAAAUCUUUGUAGAUGUUCCUUGUACUGGACAUCCUCAUUUAAAGUAAUCAGUAUGCAGCAUUUCACUGCACCAUUCCAUUGGAAGAGACAUUUAUGAAAAGAAAGAGCUUUUCAUGCUUGAAAACCAUGUUCUGUGUCCAUAGCUUUUUUGAGAGUUUUUUCGCAGCUAGUAAUAUGCCUUUAUGCAGUGUACUCGGAGAAAUAUGUGGUCUUUUUGUAAACAUUUUAAUCAGUUCUUUACUCUAAAGGAGUUGAGAGAGGAGAUCAUCUUAUCUGUUGCUUCUAUGGUGUAAACUUGGAGAUGAUGUGCAUGAGUUGUGGCAAUCAUAUGGAGUCUCAUUUUUGCUGUCAUUGGCCUAUCCUAUCUAUGGAACUAUUAAAUAAUUAAUAAGAUUGCCUAGCUAGGGACUCCAGUUUGGUCUUUUAGUGCAAA